GUCCCGGGACAGCUCAGGCGCGGCGCUUUCCCGACGUCGUGUUCCGGUGAGCGUAGCCUCGGCUCCCGCUCAGCCCAACCGACGGACGAUGGGGACUCUGGGCGCCCGGCGCGGCCUGGAGUGGUUUCUGGGCUUCUACUUCCUCUCCCACAUCCCCAUCACCCUGCUCAUGGACCUGCAGGGGGUGCUGCCACGCGAUCUCUACCCCGUCGAGCUGAGAAACCUGCAGCAGUGGUAUAUCGAGGAGUUCAAAGACCCUCUGCUCCAGAACCCCCCGGCGUGGUUCAAGUCCUUCCUGUUCUGCGAGCUUGUGUUUCAGCUGCCUUUCUUUCCCAUUGCAGCAUAUGCCUUCUUCAAAGGAGGCUGCAAGUGGAUCCGCACCCCUGCCAUCAUCUACUCGGUUCACACCAUGACAACUCUGAUUCCCAUCCUCUCCACGUUGCUACUCGACGAUUUCUCCAAAGCCAGUCAUUUCAGAGGACAAGGACCUAAGACUUUCCAGGAACGACUAUUCCUGAUAUCUGUCUAUAUCCCCUACUUUCUCAUCCCUCUUAUACUUCUGCUUUUCAUGGUGCGGAACCCCUACUACAAGUCUGAGGAGAAAAGAAAGAAGAAAUGAAAGAAAUGCCCCCAGGGCCAGGGGAGAGCUUUGUGAAUUUACAAAAAAGUUGACAGGCUGCUCAGUUGAGACUGAGAACGCAAGAGGUGAGAACCUGGACCACGAUGGCCACUGGACGUUCGCCUGCAGAUGUGCACUGACAUCUGUAACGGACUCCCCCAGGUUUGUUACUGCCUUCAGAGAGGCUGCAGUUCUUCACACAGCUUCUCACAUGACACACACGGGUCAUUGGCCAAGUCAUGGAAUGGUACAGAGGUUUUUCUGGUUUGGGGGUUGGGGUUUUUUCCUUUUUUUGCCCUCCUGCUAGAAAAUGAAAAUUUCAGUUCAUUUCUGAAAAAUAAAUUGGUCAAUAAACUCA